AUGGCCACUCACCGAGAUGCCAAGUUUCCAGGGAAACCCUACAUCGACCCGGCUCCAAUGCCUUCGAGCCAGCCACACAUUGACGAGCUCGGUGUGACCUCUGCACCGCUCAAGUCUGCGAGUUUCUUUAUUGGCGAGCAUUGCAAGGAUGUCAACGAGGACUUCAUGCUUUGCAAGAACGAGAGUCGUGACCCUGCCCACUGCCUUAAGGAGGGACGUCGUGUAACGAGAUGCGCGCGCGAUUUGAUCAAGAAGCUGAGUGACAGCUGUGGUAAGGAGUGGGAGGCUCACUACCAAUGUCUCGAGCAGCACAACCAGGAGUUCUACAGAUGCAGGAAACCAGAAAAGACACUCAACCAAUGUGUGUUUGAGAAGUUGAAAUUGGCCAAGAACAUUCCCGGAUCGCCAGAAGGCCAGCCGCAGAUUCACGAAAAGAAGAACCCGGUGUUGGGUUGA